CCGCGUUUCCGUUGUGUGAUAGUGAUAGCUCCGGUUGGCUCUGUGUUUGGCGGGUUGCGUUUCGCUUGGAUUAUUCAGUGAUAACGAAUCAGUGCUCUGGGAACCUUUUUGGAUGAUACGAACGAACCACGCCGAUACUCUGAUUCAACGUUUCAAGAAAAAGAUGCUGAGAGGGUAGGGGGAUGCCCGAGAUUAGUCGCUCGGACUCGCAAAGAUCGGACUCCUCCAUUAAACCUCGAGUAUCUUUCAACAGAGAUGUCCACAUAAAGAAAAUAGGUCACCCGGAUGCUCCUAGCGUUGUAGGGGCGCUCGCGGGAGAUGGAGAGGGGCACCUGGUGCCGACGGCGGUGCGGCGGGAGGGCCCCAGCCGGCUGUCCAGGCGGGAGCUGGCCAAGGAGGCCGAGAAGGUCCUCAAGCAGGCCGAAAGCGUCGUCUGCGUCCCCAUCUCCGAGUCGGGGGCCAUCAUCGAAGAGAAGCCCAGCAGGCCCACUAGAAAUCAUAUCCCACAUAGGUCUAACUUGACAAGGAGGUCCAGUUUUGGAGGCUCCGACAACAAGCAUGAGCUUUCCAGCAAAAAGCAAGGAAAACCGAACCUAAUUUCGUCGGUCUUCAACUCGUUGGAUCGAUCGAAAAGCAAGAAGAAGACCGAAGCACGUGAGAACGAAGACUACCGGUACAAUCUGCGACGGAGCAGCCUCCACGACGACACGGGGACCAACAGCCUCCCGCGGAGCACUCAAAAUCGCUCGAGAACCCGAAUCGGGCGCAGCGUGAGCGACGCCGGAAGCCGGAAGCCCCUCGACCGGAAACCGGAAGAGAAGAAAACCAUCUCCAUAUUCGCCACCCUGGACCGCCUCCGCAACCCGAACCGAAAAGCGAAACCGCAUUACGCGGGCUCCAAAUCCGACGUCGAGGUCAGGAACGUGGCCAACCGCAACGGUGACGUCAUCGACUACUCGCGCACGAACCACGUGCAGAGGAACCCCUCGCCGGUGGUGGCGCCGCGGCGGAAGAAGAAGCAACUAUCGCCCAUCAUCGAGAUCACCCCCCGGGAGGACUACUUCGAGUCGUCGUCGGAGAAGCACCAGCCGUACAGUCUGGGGGGCGGCGAGUACGAGAGCCUGGGCCGAAGGCCGCGGGACGAGGUGGACCCGCCGGUGAGGAAGCAGCACUACAGCCUCGGCGGAGGAGACUACGAGAGCACCGAGCGGAAGCCGAAAGCGGCCGGACCGCGCUACGCGGAAUUGACGGACGACGAUAGCGACAUUGGCGGAAAAAUUUUAGCGACGCCUUCGCCGACCCGAGCGCCGACGAUCGACAAAUUGAUUCAGAAGUUGAGCGAGGAGCGACGCAAUAGAGCGGCGAGCAAAGCGGCUGCGAGCUCGAGCCCACUUGUCGAGCCGGACGAGGGCCGCCAACAUAACGACAACAAACCGUUCUCGUACACGGAGCCGCCCACCAAGGCUGACGCGGACGGAGGACAUGUAAUCUACGCCCAAGUCGUCGCGAGCGGAGGCGUCGACGGCAAACCCGCGGCAAAACAAACCGUGCACGCGACAGUCAGUCCGAAUCGACUGCUCGACGACGAGCGGAGCCGCGCCAUGGGCCAGGACCGUGCGUCACCCACCUCGCGCAUCCCCGAACCGGAGAAGAUCCUCAACCUCAUCCGCGCCCAGAGCAAGCCCGUCCCCCUCGAGCCGGAGUCCUACAAGCCCAGGACCGAGACCUUCAUCAGGAUCGAGCGGGACGACCCCUUCGGGACCCGCGGACGCGGCGACGGCAUGGAGCUCAACGGCCGGCGCAACUCCUCCUUCGACCGGGACGACCUCACCGUCUUCCGCGAGAAGUACGGCUCCCUCCUGGACAAGCGCUCGCCGAGCCUCAACGAGACCGACAUCGGGUGGUACAGCACCCCCGCCCGGAACCUCAGCCACCGGCGGAACCUCCUCGAGUCGAAGAUCGAGGACAAGCAGCGCCGCCUCACCCUCACGGCCGGCCAGCUCAACCUCAACAACCAGAAGAACAACAAGCUCAGCGAGCUCCUGGACGACACCUCCGACCUGACCAAGAACCGGUAUUUCGAGACGAAGUUGGUCCACGAGUCCAGUGAGCAGAGGCGACAUUCCCUGAAGAAGGAUGUCUCCGAUUCGGGCGUGGAGCUGAGCGACUACCGGAAGGAGUCGCUGAACGGCUACGCUCGGAAGAUCGAGCCGCCCCCAAGGGCGAAGUUGGAGAACAAGGCGCUGUACCACCAGAGGGUGGUGUCGACGAGGACCCACUCGGAGGUGCCGAAGGUGGAGCGGCCGCCGCGGAGCAAGCUGUCGAGCAAGAGCUUCUCGGCGACGAAGACGGUGCAGGAGAAGAAGCGCGAGGCGGUGCCGAGUGGCGCCACGCUGGUGCGGCGCUACAGCCAGAACGAGACGACGCGCUACCGGAUCGAGCCGAAGACGGCGCCCGGGGCCCUGGCGGCGCCGGAGAAGAAGCUCACCAAGAUGGAGAAAGUGAAACAGUUUUUCGGUGUGAACGCGAAGAAGAAGCGGGGCCCGGAAGAGGUGGUCGUGCAGCGGUACCGGGAGUACAAGGGCAGUGAUACCGAUGACCCGUCGUCGUCCGAGAUUCGUCGCCGCGCAUCCACGCAAGAUUCGGAUAACCCUACUUACGAGGAGUAUUACGCGGUGCGACAAAGACUGGCGACCCCGAGCCCCCGCCCGCCGUCCGAGGCGACGACCGUCAUCAGCAACAGUCAACGAAGUCAUCGCAGUCAACCGCACAUCUCCGACGACCGCAAUACCUGGUUCAAAUCCCUCGAUCGACUAACCCACAAAAACAAAACCAAACCUAGCAAGGCUGUCUCGAAACUACGUCAUAACGCAGUAUCAGAAGGCAGUGAAAAUGACGAUGAAGUACGAAUUCACCAUAUAUCAUCACCAAGGCGAAGCAGUGAUGACCGAACGUUGAGAUUUUCUGAAUCGGAACCGGAAAUGAGAACCUAUUCAACAAAUAGAAAAUACAACACGGAUAGUUCACCAGACAGCAACACAGAAGGAGAUAGCCGAUCGUCCCAAAAGUCUGUCGUUUAUCUACACGCAACAACAGUUGGAGAUAUUCCUGGAUCAAAAAAGUUGCAUAGCUCAGUUUUAAGUAAUGGAAGACGUGCCAUGAGUAGAGAGGAGCUUUCAUCCAAUAAUUCUGUUUCCCUGUCACCUCAAAAAAGGACCCUGUCUCGAUCCAUCAGCGUUCUCGCACCUUGGAGGCCAAAACACCCCCGUGAAUCACUGGAAAUCGACUACAGUCAAGACCAAACAGAUGGGAAACCUCCAAAACCUCCCCUCAAAGGGAGAGCCCACAGCGGAGCCAGCACAGUGAAAAGUCGAAAAAAUGAUCAAGAAAACCUUGCAAAAAACAAACAAGGAAAAACUAAGAACAUUUUUGGGAAACUUUCAGGGAAAAACAAAUCAGUUGAUCAGCCAAAUGAUGAAUACAAAACAAAAAGACGUGCCUCUAAUGAUUUAAUAUUUACGGGUAAGAAAGAGAACUGGGAUUCGUACUUAGGAAAAAGCAUUGAUAGCUUUCAUGAUUACCGAAGAGGCAGUAAAUCAUCGGGAAACAAGGUAGACUACACAUCUAGCAAUUCCCUUUACGAUCGUAGCCGAAAAUUAUCUGAUUCGACGACUACGACUGACUAUCCUUACUCAAGAAAAUACUCAACUGAUGCUAGUGAUGCGACGAGUAAGUUACGUCCACAAUCACGAAACAGCAGCGAAUACAUAAUACCAGUUGUUCGUUUUGAUCCUAACGACUCUGAUGAAAGUAAGAGACACAUAUUAGUUGAAACUUUAGGAAAGAAAAGGAAUUCUAAGCAAAAAGAAGACUCUGAAAAACUCUCUCGAUCUACCUCUUUUCCAAAAGACUCUAAAUUUACCUCUGGAUGGUUCAAACCAAAAAACAAAGUGUGAUUACCUAACAUUUCAAGACUUUACGAUGACUCACAGGUCAGGUAGAGAGUCCUACCAGGUGUUGAAUGGGGUAAUUAAAAAUGGAAUAAAAAAUAAAAAAUGAUGAGAGCUGGGGAAUGAAGGAUUAUUUUCAUAGUGCACUCUCACUGUUUAAGCACAGUAUCUUAUUGAAGAGGAGAAGAAAUUUCUUCUGUUUUUCUGGGGAAAAAAAGGAGAGAACUCCAUUUUUUCUCAUUUUCUUCCUCUUUUGCAAUGAAAGCACUUUUAAAAAACCUCACUUACUUAAGAAAUACAACAAAAAAAAAAAAUUACCCUCCCUACAAUGGAAAUUUCCGUGAUGAUAUUUUUUUGAUUACACUUAAUAAAUACAUAUUCUUGGCCGUGUAAAAUUGUACUCAUGAAGAAAUUAACACAAAAAGAAUGAAGAAUUUUUAAGGGUUAAAAAUGUUUAUCAUUCAUUUGAAGAGGGAUAAGAGUAUUCUUGUUGUUUCGUCCACUGACUUUUAGAACAUUCCAAAGAUGUUUUCCUUACUUGCCUGAUAUCUUUUCAAGAACAAAAGGCUUUAAUCAUAACUACUAUUUUUGAUUUGUAGAUGAUUCAUAAAACAAAAUUACUGGGACAAAAUUAAAUUCCCGUGCACAGUUUUUUCUAAAAAAUAAACGAUACAACAGAUAUACUUUUAAUACAUUUACUAGUCAACUAAUUUAUUGUCUUUAUUAACUUAUCCUACGUUAAUGAAUACUUACUAAUUUGAACAUAGAAAGCAUUGUCCUUACAAGGCACGUCUUUAUUAACGAAGUCAAUUUUGUAGAUAGAAAAUUUAACAGAACUCAGAGAAAAAAUUACCUAACUCAUAAUGUGUAAAUUUAUUUUUUUUUCUAUUUGUAAUUAAUUGGUUAUUAUACUUCAUUACCUUUCUUUUUUUCCUUUUUUUUUGAGGUCUGUUUUCCAUGCAGGACACCAAUUAAUUGCUCCUUACGGAGCAAGGAUAAUUUUGUGAUGUUUUUUCCUUGUUUGUUUCCCUUUUGUAAUAAAACUUGAUCAUUUUUUCAUGUUCUCUGACUGAAGGAACAACUCGACGAACACAUUUUAUUUUAGUUUGUUAAAUGAUUGGCAAUGUUAAUAGUUAAUAAUAAAUACAAUUCUAAUUCAAUUAAAACAAAAA